CCCAGCCGCCAGCCAGCCCCGCCAGCCCCGCGGCCCCGGCCGGAGGAGACAGAUCUUCUAGCUGCUCGAUGGGGAGUCACAGAAGGUCUCCUGUGUGUGUCAGCUCCCCACCUCUCUGUAGCAAGAGAAGUGACUGCAGCGCCUCCACAGUCAUGAUGAUGAAACUGGUAUUAACUGAGUGGUCCUUAUGGAUUUUUAACUCUAACUCACAGUGAGCCAGCAAGCCAUAUGUUUACAGUCCAACCAAAAACCCUUCUGUGUUGCUGCACGCCUCGUGUGAGAAGUUAAGACGCCUGUUGGUACAGAGUGGAAUACAAGAGUUACUUGUCGGAAUGCACUUGCAGCAGAACGAGAAGACGUCUUAAUUUAUCGUUGGAGAGAGAUGAUAGUAUUAUUUAUAUAGGUAGAAUAUAUAUAUAUAUAUAUAUACACACAUAUAUAUUUUGGUGGUAAUGAAAAUGGCUCCGCAGAAUGCCGACUCGGAAUCUAUGCAAGUACAAGAGCUGCCUGUGCCCCUGCCGGACCCUCAGAAACCCAGAGACCCAGAGGCUGAGACCCAAGAGGAGACCAUCAGUGAGGGAUCCAUAGACAGAAUCCCCACACGCCUAUGGGUCAUGCACGGGGCAGUGAUGUUUGGCAGGGAAUUCUGUUACGCCAUGGAGACAGCACUGGUCACACCCAUACUGUUACAGAUAGGCCUCCCUGAGCAGUACUACAGCCUCACCUGGUUCCUGAGCCCUGUCCUUGGUCUCAUCUUCACACCACUCAUCGGCUCUGCAAGUGACCGCUGUACCCUGAGUUGGGGCCGCCGGCGGCCCUUCAUCCUCGUGCUGUGUGUGGGGGUCCUCAUCGGUGUUGCACUUUUCCUCAACGGCUCUGCCAUCGGUCUGGCGCUUGGCGAUGUUCCUAACCGGCAGCCCAUUGGCAUUGUCCUCACGGUGCUGGGAGUGGUGGUCCUGGAUUUCAGUGCUGAUGCAACUGAGGGGCCCAUCCGUGCCUACCUGCUGGAUGUGGUAGACAGCGAGGAGCAAGAUAUGGCCCUCAACAUCCACGCCUUCUCUGCUGGCCUUGGUGGGGCCAUCGGCUAUGUGCUGGGUGGGCGGGACUGGACACAGACCUUCCUGGGUGACUGGUUCCGGACACAGAACCAAGUGCUGUUCUUCUUUGCCGCCGUCAUCUUCUCUGUGUCCGUGGCGCUGCAUCUCUUCAGCAUAGAGGAGGAGCAGUACAGCCCACAGCAGGACCGCAGUCCUGACGAUGCCACCCUGCCCAGCACCAGUGCCCUGCCCAGCACCUCGGCCCCCGCUACCCGCCUCAGCUCCCUGGGCGGGGGCGUAGAGGACGGCAGCCCCCCGUUCCCAGAUGAGGUGCAGUCGGAGCACGAGCUGCCCUUGGACUACCUCGAUGUGGACAUGGUGCGCAGCAAGAGUGACUCCGUGCUGCACAUGCCUGACGCUGCCCUGGACAUGGAGCCCGAGCUGCUCUUCCUGCACGGCAUAGAGCCCUCCAUCUUCCAUGACGCUUCCUGCCCCAGCACCCCCCGGAGCACCAGCCAGGAGCUCCUGAGGGCCAAGCUGCCUCGCCUGUCCACGUUCCUCAGGGAGUCCACCAAGGAGGACGACACCUUGCUUGAUAAUCACUUGAAUGAAGCUAAAGUCCCAAAUGGGAGAGGUUCCCCACCAAUGGAUUCAUUCGGUAACCGCUCUAAAGUGGAAUUGAAGCCUUCAGCCACAUCUGGUUCCAUGAGGCGGCGCAGGCACACGUUCCACAGACAGGCUUCUAGCACCUUCUCCUACUAUGGUAAGAUUGGGUCCCACUGCUACCGCUACCGCCGGGCCAACGCAGUGGUCCUGAUCAAGCCAUCUCGAAGCAUGAGUGACCUGUAUGACCUGCAGCAGCGCCAGCGAUCCCGGCACCGCAACCAGAGCGGGGCCACUGCCUCCAGUGGGGACACGGAGAGCGAGGAGGGCGAGACGGAGACCACUGUGCGCCUGCUGUGGCUGUCCAUGCUAAAGAUGCCCAAGGAGCUGAUGCGGCUGUGCCUCUGCCACCUGCUCACCUGGUUCUCCGUCAUCACAGAGGCUGUCUUCUAUACUGACUUCAUGGGCCGGGUUAUCUUCGAAGGGGACCCCCAGGCCUCCUCCAACUCUACCAAGUGGCACGACUACAAUGCCGGCGUGAAGAUGGGCUGCAGGGGCCUGGUCAUCUACGCUGCUACUGGUGCUAUCUGCUCAGCCUUGCUACAGAAGUACCUGGACAACUACGACCUGAGCAUCAGGAUCAUCUAUGUGCUGGGGACUCUGGGCUUCUCCGUGGGCACCGCUGUGAUGGCCAUGUUUCCCAACGUCUAUGUGGCCAUGAUCACCAUCAGUACUAUGGGCAUCAUCUCCAUGAGCAUCUCCUACUGCCCCUACGCCCUCCUAGGGCACUACCAUGACAUCAAGGAGUACGUUCACCACAGUCCCGGGAACUCCAAGCGUGGAUUUGGCAUCGACUGCGCCAUCCUCUCCUGCCAGGUCUACAUCUCCCAGAUCCUGGUUGCAUCUGCCCUUGGGGGCGUGGUCGACGCUGUAGGGACUGUCCAUGUCGUCCCUGUGGUGGCCUCAGUGGGCUCUUUCCUGGGCUUCCUGACAGCCACAUUCCUGGUGAUCUACCCCGAGGUGUCAGAGGAGGCCAAGGAGGAGCAGAAAGGCCUGUCCGCAGGGCCCACUGGCGAAGGCGAGGGCGGAGCAGGCAGUGAGAAGCCCACUGUGCUGAAGCUGUCUCGGAAGGGGGGCCCUCGGGGACCAGUGGAGACAGAGUCCAUGGUGUGAGCCCCAGCUGGCACAUUCCAUGCCGGAGGGCAGGUGGACUGGGGACUGUGCUUGCCGACACUGUGUGAGCUGAAGUUCCUUCCCAGAGCGCAGUUCAAGUUCAGUAGGUGUUAGGUGUAGGGUAGGUUUGAGCUAUUAGGCAAAAAUAUCACACUAAUUACCUUUCCCACAAUUGAAAAAAAAAUCAUUUGAAAUCUUUUUUUAUUGAAAAAACUUAAUUUCAGCUGUCUUUUAUUCUGCAGGUAUUCCAUUCUGCAUGUUUUAAACUGUGAACCAUUCACAGUAUAGUCAAUAAGCAAUUUAGAAAAUGUAAAGGGUCUGCAUUUCUAAAACAGUAACUGAAAGAGCAGAAACCCGGACUCCCUUGGCAGGUGUCAUCUGAAGGCAGCAGACAGCAGUGCAGUGUUGAGAUUGCCCAGCAGGUGUCCCGAGGGCUCCUCCACAUCACGCUGGCACUGCAGUGCCUCGGAGCAUUUUUCUCUGUUUAUUUUAGAAACGGUAUUUUCUUUUUCAUAACUGUGGUUUUCUUAGAACAGCGUCUCUAGCGAAUUGGGUCCACAACCCUGUGCACAGCUGUCAGUGCCUGAGACCACACACCACAGCUGGGGAAGGGCCCCAGAGCUGUUUGAGCAGAAGGUGGCCAUUCCCAGAGCAGCCUUCAGACACCCCGCCCAGGGACAGCACAGGUCAGGAGUUCUGAACGUGAACUGGCAUUGGGCCUCCUGCGUGCUUGCGUGUGAGUUUGUCUGUGCCCAGCUCCUUCCCACAUGCUCCUCCCCAGAGACCACCACAGGGCAGCCGUUGGCUCUGUGCGACACUUCAGUUUGUCUCUGCGCCUUUGACUGGGAAUCCAGGCCCAGAGCUCCAGGUGAGCACUAGCCCCUGAGUCCUGCUGCAAGGCUACCUCGAGAGUGUGGGGAACAGGGAACGUGAGGGUGCCGAGGCCUACCUCCCUGCCAUAUUGGUGACACUUGUCCUCGCUGGAACCUAACUGAAAUCUUGUGACCUCAUCACCUGCUCCUGCUGAUGGCCACGGGAAUGAGAACGAAGGCAAAGAGAAGCAAGUGUCUGCCUGGGCAGGAGGGCCAGUGACCCAAGAGCCCAGCACGGUUUCCAGUUUCUGCACAUGAGCAAAACUUGGGCCUCAGGGAAGCAGGCUCCUCAGAUGCUGCAGCUGUGGGAAAAUACUUUUCAAACCAUGAUCUCUGUCAAAAACACCACAGUCGUGUCUCUUCACUUGUGAAACAGUUAGUCUGCACUCAGGAGAGGGGAGGGCCUCCCUCCCUGGAUGAUAACAGAUGAAGUCAAACCAUCCCUUGCUGCCUGACUGGUGUUUUACACAAAGAACUUUACAGUGCAUGAGAGUCAUGCUGCAAUGUGAGCAUUCUAUCGAAAAUAUAGACCGUAUAUAUUUCAAGAUGAGAGUAAGCCGUUUUUAAAUAAAUUACUUGAAUUUUCUGUGUAUUCAAAGGAAUGCUGUGUUUAACAUUCUUGGCAAGCCUCGGUCUUGCCACAUUCCCACACUGGUGGCGCUUUGUAGUUUGUAGUGUUUUGUGUCUGGGAGCAAAGGUGUGUGCUCAGGAUAUCUUUCACCUGCCUAGGCCUGCAGAGGACCGGCUUCACCUUCCAGUGCUUUCUGUGUUGCCAGGUGAGAAUAGCAUUGCAAACCUCCGUUUCGGAUGGGAGAAGUUGGACUACCAAGCAGAGUCCCCACACUGAGCCCUCCAGCCAGCCAGGCCCCAUCAGUUGGGUGAUCUGUCCCUCUGGGGACGCAAGCGCCGCUGGAUUCUUCUCUUGAGUCGGUGUUCUUGGCAGGUGGCUUUAAGAGGGUGUCCCUCCCUCUCUCCUGAGAGCUCUGGUCCAUGAUAGGGCCCACAGCCCCUGUUUGCACGUGCCCUGCCUUUCCACCAUGCCGUAGGAAGAAGAGGGAAGCGGGAGCGCUGAGAACAGUAAGUGGGCAACCCUGGAAUCCUCACACCAAGUGUGGGUCUUAGGAGACUGCAUGGUGCUCAGAGCACCCCCACCCACAGGCUCAGGCCAUGUUUACUGACAUUGGAUGUCGGAGCAGAGACCAGACCCACAGGAGGAAGAGAUACAGGGCUGCCACAUGCAGUCUGCCAGCCCUCAGAUGCUAGCCUCCAUGCACCAUACGAAGUAGCACAAGGACACUUGGUGGUCAUGGCACAGGCCUUGGCAGCUGACACCCUGGAAGAAGAGUCAGCUAGAAGAGUGACUGUUCGUUGCUGUCAGGUUAGGCUGCACGUUGGUUGUUUUAAAGACCUGAGCCUGUUAGAUGCUUGCAUCAAAAGCCUGCUGUCUGUGGGUCUGGUCAGGGUGCAGCAGGGUUGCUGUCUGGGCUUCCUUGCAGAUAAAGUGAGCCGUGGGCCUCAAGGUGGGUGUCCAAUCGGGGAUAGGAAAAUAGCAGGCCCUUUUGCCUAGCCCUUCCCUCUCUGGGAGAUUACUCUGAGAUGGCACAAGAAGCCAAGGGAAGACUGGCAUUACAGGGUGAUACCAAAGUCUGUACUGCUCAGACAAACCCAAGAGUUUCUGUUUUCUGAUCUGGCUGUCCAUUCAGCAGCCUUGGGUAGUGAGAUCCCAGAGAGUGCCUGAGUAGCUCCUCUGUGAGGACCUAGGGGACUGGCAGGGUCAAGAUGAUGCCCACUAGGUGGCCAGUGCUGAGGAUGCAACACGGAGUUAGCUUUGUAGCGCCUUGGGGCCUGGACUGCAUGCAAGUGCCAUGUAGGAAUUCACUGUCCAAGGCUACAGAAUGCACACAGGUUACUGUAGAAGGCAGUGAUGAUCGUCUGAACCCUGCUUUGUUGCCUGUGAAAGUCAACUACCAGUUAUUUUAGGAGAUACCUCUUAAGAUGUGCAGGCCAAGUAUACCUGUGCAAGAGUAUGAGCUGCUAGGAAGGGGUCCAGCCUACUUGUGGCGGGGAGCAGAAUGGCAUGGCGGUACUCCCCAGGGUCUGCAGUCCUCAGACUCCCACCCUUGAUAUCCUUAGGGCUCUGUGAGGGCUGCUUCGGGAGAAGUUGGGAGGGAGAGCCCAGGACCUUGUUGGUAGCCUGAAGUGGUUAGGAUAUCAUAGAAAGUGCUGUGGCCCCUCCAGCAGCAGCAGCCAGGGCACCCAUUGUCUCAUCUCCCUGGUGCCCCUGGCUUGUGCCACCCUGGAGUGGAUGGCUGGUGACCUGUGUGCUGCAACCAUGGCCACAUUCGCCACAGGUCAGUGUUGUGAAACACCAUCUGCUCAGACUGGACACUCAACUCCCCACGCGCCAGAUGCCAUGACUUCCCAGCUGUCUGCCUCUACCUGAGCCUCUUCUCUUCAGCCACCCAACACCUGGAGCGCACAGGUGGGUGGUCCUCCCACGGCUGUCACCAGAAAUGGGCUCAGCCCUGUGCAUGUGAGCAGUGCUUCCAAGAGUGCCUGGGGACCGCCCGGCAUCGCAGCCUUGCCACCAGUUUAUCCCAGAUUGAACUGACUGUUAAACGUGACAAGCAGGAGAUGGACACUCAGCAGCUCUUGUCACCACCUCAUGAACAGCCAGCAUCACCAUCGUGGCUGAAGCCUGAGAUGGCCCCUUGGAUGGCCACUCUUGAGCCUCCAGGAGAGCUAAGCAUCCUCUGGGAGCCCCGCCCCCAAAGCCUGCCAAAGGUCGUGUGCUGGGAUAUGUAGCCGGCCACUGCACAGCUGUUGGAAAGGCUUCAGCACAGGGGUACUCCCCAGGCACCUCGGAGCAAAACUAUUUAGUUCCUUUGAGAACUGGAAACAGGACAACUGUUAUCAACUUAUUAAGUUGGAGCACUGUAAUAGCUCUUGCUGAUUUUAGCAAUGGUCAAGUGUGUGUUAAACACAUAAUGUUAUAUUUUAUGAGGAAACUUAAGAGUACUAACACACGGCUGUGUUUUUCAUUAGGUGGAUGUUUAGUCUGCUCUGUCCAGAGUCCGGGGGCUUUGUCUGUUCUUUGUCACAUGCUGGGUCACUGGUCCCUGUACACAGUUGAGUGUGUAUGGCCUGACUUCUUCCUGCCAGGCUAGUGCCUCCCCUGCCUCUAUUCCUGUUACGCUGUGGUUGACUAAAUAAACGUUAUCAUUACA